GCAGUGAGUCGGCAUAUUGGUGUUGGGUCUGAGCCUGCGUGCUCCCGUGCGUAAGUGGCUGUCUUAAGUACUAGCGUAGCCGAAAGAGACGGUAUGCAUUUUGUAAGGAAAACUUAGUAUCCUGGAAUAGAACUCCUCUGGUUCUCCUAUUCUUCUCCUCCUCCUUCCAGGUUGCUAACAGAGUGGUAUCAAAGACACCUUUCCUUGGCCGUCCGCCAUGGCUUCUCCACCCAUCGAUUCAGCCCUCACGCUCGCCCUCGAACACCAAACCCGCUCCCUGUUGUCCGAGUUGGACAAACGGUUGUCCGCCAUGGAUGUCAAGUGGGAAUCCCGUGUCGGAGAGCUUGAAUCUCAGGUCUCUGCAUCCAGCCGCCGCCUGGAUUCCGUCACCACCGACCUCCGUGCGGAUGUGGAGAUCCAGUUCUCCUCAGCCGCCGAUCACCUCCACCAGAUCGAAGCUGACGUCAAAACUCGCGUCGCCGCCCUCCAAUCGACUAUGCACGUCUUCGAGCUGUGGCGCCCUCGCGUGGAGGCAUCGGUCGAGUCCCUCCACUCCUCCGUCGAUUCGAUCCGCGCCGAGGUCUCCAAGAUGGGGAUCCGCUGGUCCACCGACGCCCGUGUGGAUGGAUCUGGACAACCCGGUCUCCUCGGUGCGCACGGGUCUGGAUCCGGAAGGGUCCCUGCUCCUGAAGAACCUCCAGAUCGCCCACGUUUUGGGUCCUGCUUCGAGAAUUACUACCGGGAUAGUGGGCACGUGCACCCCGGUGCCGACGCUCACUACCCGGUCACGGGUAUGUGGAGCUCCCCUCACUCGCCCUCAUUUUCAUUCAACGCUCAUUGUGGCCAUAGUCAGGGUGAUUGGGGUCAGCGUGGCCCACUUAGCCGUCACUGUGGGGGGUUACCUAAAUUAAAUUUCCCUACGUUUGAUGGUACCUACCCUAAGCUCUGGCAAAAGCGUUGCGAAGAUUACUUUGAGAUGUAUGCUACUGAGACUUUUGUCUGGGUUAAGGUCUCCACCAUGCACUUUGUGGGUGCUGCGGCUCGAUGGUUACAGUCCAUUGAACCGCGUCUUCCGUCCAUGUCAUGGCGCCAAUUUUGUCAAGCUAUCCAUGAUAGGUUCGGCAGGGAGCAACACGAACUUGUUAUUCGCAAACUCUUCCACAUUAAGCAGACCUCCACAGUCCAAGACUAUGUUGAUCGUUUUUCAGAGUUAGUUGAUUUGUUAGUCACAUAUGAACACACAACAGACCCGUUAUACUAUACCAUGAAAUUCAUUGAUGGGUUGAGGGAUGACAUCAAAUCUGUGAUUCUUGUACAACGUCCUGGCGAUCUCGAUACUGCCUGCUCCUUGGCUUUAUUGCAGGAAGCUGGGGACUCGUCUCGGCGUCCGGAUCCUGUUCAUGGCGAUUCAUCUUAUGCUGGCCGUUCGUCGUGGAAGUCGGCUGUUCCACAGUCUGCUCGCUGGGAUCCAUCGCGCGGUUUGGCUCCAGAAUCCUCCAAAACUCCAACUCAGCCAGCGCCAACAAUUGAUUCCAAAGUGGCUUCUCUUCGUUCAUAUCGGCGUGCCAGUGGAUUAUGCCAGUAUUGUGCUGAAAAGUGGAACAAGGGCCAUAAAUGUUCUCCAACUGUUCAACUACAUGCAGUCCAAGAGAUGUGGGAACUCUUUGAUCAUGACCAGUCAGAUACUGAUCCUGAUUUCCAAGAUUCAUCAGACCAGUUCGCAGUAAUGUUGUCCCAGGCAGCCAUUUCAACCCCAGCCAAGGCCCAAGCAUUCAGACUUCAAGGCUGUUUGCAAGGCGUGGAAUUGUUGAUGCUUCUUGACUCUGGCAGUUCACAUUGUUUUCUGAACACCAACAGCGUUGCGGCAAUCACUGGCCUUACUCUUGUGUCGACUCCGCUAAUGGUCACCGUAGCCAAUGGUGAGGUCCUUACAUGCACUUCAGAGCUGGUGGAAGCAGACUGGACUUUACAGGGUGUCCCGUUUCGCACAACAUUCAAGUUACUGUCCUUACCUCACUAUGACGCAAUCCUUGGUAUGGAUUGGCUACAGCAGUUCAGCCCAAUGUUGAUAGAUUGGAAGAACAAAUGGCUGUCUAUACCAUUUCAAGAUCAGCUUAUUGUCCUGCGUGAUUGUCAGUCAUUGGUUCCUGCUGGUUCGUUGUUGGAAAUCCGUUCCGUGUCCUCGACAUCGACACCACAACAUUUAUUUUCAGCCACGACUUCUGCUGUUCCUGAGCCGGUUCGUUCCUUGCUGCAACAGUUUGAUGCCUUGUUUCAACCUCCUACAACGUUGCCACCGAGCCGUGCAUGUGAUCACUCCAUUCCAUUAGUGGAUGGUGCUCGCCCAGUUAAUAUACGACCUUAUCGGUUGUCCCCUGCACUGAAGGACGAAGUGGAAUCCCAAGUGGCUGAAAUGCUUCAAAAUGGCAUAAUUCAAAACAGUUCCAGUGCCUUUUCCUCGCCUGUCCUCAUGGUCAAGAAAAAGGACAAUUCAUGGAGGUUCUGUGUCGAUUAUAGGCACUUGAAUGCCCUCACAGUUAAAUCUAAGUACCCAGUUCCCAUCAUCGAUGAAUUAUUGGAUGAACUAGCUGGCGCCUGUUGGUUCUCUAUAUUGGAUUUGCGAGCUGGAUUCCAUCAAAUAUUGCUCAAGCCUGGGGAAGAGUACAAAACAGCAUUUCAAACCCACACAGGACACUAUGAAUUCCGGGUCAUGGCAUUCGGUCUCACUGGGGCGCCUGGCACAUUUCAAAAAGCCAUGAAUCAUACUUUGGCUCCUCUUCUUCGUAAAUGCACUAUUGUGUUCUUUGAUGAUAUUUUAGUCUACAGCCGCUCCCUUCAAGACCACUUCACUCACCUACAACAAGUAUUCGAGCUGCUGUCGUCUGAUCACUGGAAGAUUAAAAUGUCUAAGUGCAGUUUCGCUCAGCCCCAAGUAACUUACUUAGGCCACAUUAUCAGCUCAGCCGGUGUCGCUACCGACCCAGCAAAGAUCCAAGCUAUUGUGGCAUGGCCUGUUCCCAAGUGUGUGAAGGAAUUGCGGAGCUUCCUAGGACUCUCUGGAUAUUACAGAAAAUUCAUACGGCAUUACGGCGUGAUCUGCCAACCCCUGACAGCACUGUUAAAAAAGGGCGCUCUGUACGUUUGGACAGCUGAUCAUGAUACUGCAUUCUGCACUCUCAAACAAGCGAUGUCAUCGGCUCCGGUGUUGGCUCUACCAGAUUUUAAUGUCAUAUUUCAGAUUGAAACUGAUGCCAGCGCCAAUGGUGUAGGGGCUGUUCUUUCACAGCAAGGUCACCCUCUGGCAUUCCUGAGUAAGGCCCUUGGAGUUAAAUCUCGUGGUCUCUCGACUUAUGAAAAAGAGUAUCUAGCUGUCCAACAAUGGCGUGCUUACCUUCAACACCAGAAAUUCGUGAUUAUAACUGACCACAAAAGUCUAUCACAAUUAAAUGAGCAACGUCUCCAUACUCCUUGGCAGCACAAAGUGUUCACCAAAUUAUUGGGCCUUCAAUAUAGAGUGCAGUAUCGUCCAGGGACAGAAAACCGGGCAGCUGACGCCCUCUCGCGCUAUGGUCCUGCUGAAAUCAAUGCGGUUUCUGUUGUUAUCCCUCAAUGGCUGACUGAUAUCCAACAGACUUACGAUUCGGACAGCAAGACUAAAGAGUUAGUGGCUAAACUAGCUAUCGAUCCAGCAGCUGUUGCCCACUUCUCACUGAAGGAUGGUCUGAUCCGUUACAAGAACCGUCUUUGGAUAGGCGAGGAUCCCCACCUCCAGGCUAAGAUUGUUUCAGCACUGCAUUCCUCUCCGAUCGGUGGUCACUCUGGUGUGCCGGUUACCUACAGCCGUGUCAAAAGCAUAUUUGCGUGGAAGAAUAUGAAGUCGUUCGUCCGUUCAUUUGUGCAGCAAUGUCAGAUUUGCCUGCAAGCCAAACCUGACAGGGCAGCUUAUCCUGGUAAGCUCCAACCAUUACCUGUUCCACCCUCUGCCUGGCACACCAUCUCCAUGGAUUUCGUGGAAGGGUUACCUCGUUCUGGCUCGUGGGACUGCAUCCUUGUUGUUGUUGACAAGUUCUCCAAAUUUGGCCAUUUUGUUCCAUUAUCUCAUCCAUAUACAGCACACUCUGUUGCGCAGCUGUUCCUAUCUCACAUAUACAGGCUCCAUGGUUUUCCAGCGGCCAUUGUAUCUGACAGAGACCCCAUCUUCACCAGCGCCUUUUGGCGUCAGCUGUUCCAACUGGCUGGUACGGAAUUACGCCUCAGUUCCUCCUAUCACCCCCAGUCAGAUGGUCAGACAGAGCGUCUGAACCAAUGCUUGGAAACGUUCCUGCGAUGCUUUGUCAGCGCGUGUCCUAAAAAGUGGUCCUCUUGGCUGCCAGCAGCUGAAUAUUGGUAUAACACAAGUCUGCAUUCAGCUUUGGGUUGUUCUCCGUUUGAAGUGCUUUAUGGCCGCAAGCCACGUUCCUUGGGUCUUUCUUUUGAUGCUGCUGCCCCAGUUGCCCUGUCAGCCUGGUUACAAGAAAGAUCUGUGAUGCAAAAUCUCAUCCACCAGCACCUUAUUCGCGCCCAAACUCGGAUGAAAAAACAGGCAGAUAAACACCGCUCUGAACGCUCCUUCUCAGUUGGCGAUUGGGUUUACAUGAAGCUCCAACCCUACGUCCAGUCUUCAGUGCUUCCACGUGCCCACCAAAAACUCAGUUACAAGUUCUUUGGCCCUUAUCGAGUGGCCAACAGGGUCGGUUCAGUGGCCUACCGAUUGGAACUCCCAAAUUCCAGCAGGAUUCAUCCCGUCGUUCAUGUCUCCCAACUGAAGCUGGCAAAAGGUUCUGGUGCAGUGGUCCAACCUUCCUACUGAGUUAGCCACAUGGGAAGACCAAGACAACCUGAGGCAAUGUUAUCCUUUUGCUCCUGCUUGGGGGCAAGCAGGAUUCCAAGGGGGGGAAAAUGUCAACAAUGAGAGUAUGGAUUCCCCUACAGUCAGCCGAGGCGUACCAAACGGCGAACCGGAAGCAGCUCCAGUUGUCCGCACACGCCGUGUCUGUCGCGCCAACGUCCGUCAGCAAGGACCAGAGUGGGUGCAGUGAGUCGGCAUAUUGGUGUUGGGUCUGAGCCUGCGUGCUCCCGUGCGUAAGUGGCUGUCUUAAGUACUAGCGUAGCCGAAAGAGACGGUAUGCAUUUUGUAAGGAAAACUUAGUAUCCUGGAAUAGAACUCCUCUGGUUCUCCUA